CAGUAGUGUACUGUGCAGCGCCGGUGUCGAACGACAGUCGUCAAAUCGAACGAAUACAAACGAAAAAGUGUAAAAUCUUGCAGUACGCAGUACCAAAACCGAAUUAUCGAUCGACUCGAGUCCCGUUUGCCACACCCGUCGGCCAUUUUGACCCACUCGAACGCGAGUUGACAACUCGGUGUUCGUAGUUAUUAACAGUUGUAUCAAAUCCAUUCUUAAUCAUGGAUCAAAUAACACCUAAGGAAGUUAAGAUCCUCGAAAAUCCUGAGGACAUUCAGGAACGUCGUGAACAAGUACUCACUCGUUAUGCCAAUUUCAAAGCUGAGGCACAUCACAAACGAGAAAAACUCGAGGAUUCGCGUCGCUUUCAGUAUUUCAAACGUGAUGCUAACGAGCUCGAAGGAUGGAUUUACGAGAAGCUUCAAGCAGCUUCAGACGAGAACUACAAAGACCCGACGAAUCUUCAAGCGAAGAUACAGAAGCAUCAAGCCUUUGAGGCAGAAGUGGCAGCGCAUUCGAAUGCCAUAGUUUUAUUGGACAACACCGGCCAAGAGAUGAUAGCGCAGUACCAUUUUUCGAGCGACACGAUUCGCAAGCGUCUGGAGGAACUUCACCGUCUCUGGGAAUUGUUGUUGUCGCGUUUAGCGGACAAAGGUUUGAAGUUGCAGCAGGCAUUGGUCCUCGUGCAGUUUCUUCGUCACUGCGACGAGGUGAUGUUUUGGAUAAACGACAAAGAGGCUUUUGUGACGACCGACGAAUUCGGCCACGAUCUCGAGCACGUCGAAGUGUUGCAAAGAAAAUUCGACGAGUUCCAAAAAGACAUGGCCAGUCAGGAGUACCGCGUUACCGAAGUGAACGAGCUCGCGGACAAACUCCUUCUCGACGGGCAUCCCGAACGUGAUCAGAUUCUCGGACGUAAAGAAGAGUUGAACGAAUCUUGGCAACGAUUGAAACAACUGGCGAUUCUGCGCCAAGAGAAAUUGUUCGGAGCUCACGAAAUUCAGAGAUUCAACCGCGAUGCGGACGAAACAAUGGCGUGGAUCGCGGAAAAGGACGUUGUCCUGUCGUCCGACGACUUCGGACGCGACCUCGCGAGCGUACAAACGUUGCAGCGUAAACACGAGGGAAUCGAACGCGAUCUCGCCGCUCUGGAAGACAAAGUAGCGACUCUUGGAGCCGAAGCUGAUCGUCUCGCGGCGAUCCAUCAAGCUGAUCAUUCCCAACAGAUUCAAGCUAAGAGAGCAGAGAUUUUACAAUCAUGGGAGAGCUUAACCGCGAAGGCGAAAGAACGGCGCUUCAAGCUCGACGAAUCCUAUUAUCUUCAUCGUUUCCUCGCCGAUUACCGCGAUCUCGUGUCCUGGAUGAACGAUAUGCGAGCUAUCAUAUCUGCCGACGAGCUCGCCAAAGACGUCGCCGGUGCGGAAGCUCUCGUCGAACGACAUCUCGAGCAUCGCGGUGAAAUCGACGCCCGUGCUGACAGCUUCGAUUCCACGACUCUCGCUGGCAACAAACUCCUCGAAAGGAAACACUACGCCGCUGAGGAGGUCGCCCGGAAACUCGAUUCGCUCGCCGAGGACAAAUCUUCGCUCCUCGAGCUCUGGGAAACCCGGCGCAUUCUCUACGAGCAAUGCAUGGAUUUACAAUUGUUCUAUCGCGACACCGAGCAAGCGGACGCUUGGAUGGCGAAACAGGAAGCUUUCCUGGCCAACGAGGACCUCGGUGACUCUCUGGACAGCGUCGAGGCGCUGAUCAAGAAACACGAGGACUUUGACAAGUCCCUCGCAGCUCAGGAAGAAAAAAUCAAAGCCCUCGACGAGUUUGCAGGAAAAUUGUGCGAAGGCGGUCACUACGCGGGUGACGACGUCGCCGAUUGUCGUCGCAUGCUUCUCAAGCGCCGAGCUAUUCUUCUCGAAAAGUCGGCCCAACGUCGUCGUCGUCUCGAGGAUGCUUACAAGCUCCAACAGUUCGAGCGCGACUGCGACGAGACGAAGGGAUGGGUCAACGAGAAGUUGAAGUUCGCGACUGACGACAGUUACCUCGAUCCGACGAAUCUCAACGGCAAGGUACAGAAGCAUCAGAAUUUCGAGCAGGAAUUGAACGCGAACAAAACUCGUAUGGAAGAAAUGGUUUCGACGGGCCAGGAGCUGAUCGAGGCCGAACAUUACGCGAGCGAUCGCAUAAGAGCAGGCAUCGACGAAAUCGUCACAUUGUGGGAGAGUCUGACUCGAGCCACAGAGAAGAAAGGCGCCAAACUGCAGGAAGCAUCGCAGCAGCAACAAUUCAAUCGCACCGUCGAGGACAUCGAACUUUGGCUCUCCGAAGUCGAGGGACAAUUGAUGUCCGAAGAUUACGGCAAAGAUCUUACGAGUGUUCAGAAUUUACAGAAGAAACACGCGCUCUUGGAAGCCGACGUCGGCUCUCACGCCGACCGCAUCGAAAGCAUCACUCAAGCUGCUGAACAGUUCGUGAGCAACGGUCAUUUCGAUGCUGACAACAUAAGAGCCAAACAGGAACAGAUGCAAUCUCGAUAUUCCGCGCUUCAGCGACCGAUGAGCAUCCGGAAACAGAGACUUCUCGAUUCGCUUCAAGUUCAACAGCUCUUCCGUGACAUCGAAGACGAGGAGGCUUGGAUCAGGGAGAAAGAGCCUGUCGCAGCGAGCACCAAUCGUGGUCGCGAUCUCAUUGGAGUACAAAAUCUUCAGAAGAAGCAUCAAGCUGUUUUAGCCGAAAUCAAUAAUCACGAGCCUCGAGUAGCCGCCGUUUGUCAAGCCGGUUCAAGAAUGUUGCAGGACGAGCAUUUCGCCGCGGAGGAAAUAAGUCAGAGGCUCGCCGCUCUGGACGAACACUGGGGGCAGCUCAAGGAAAAAGCUCGUCAGAGGAAAACCGAUCUCGACGAUUCUCUCCAGGCCCAUCAAUACUUCGCCGAUGCGAACGAGGCCGAGUCUUGGAUGAAGGAAAAACGUCCGAUCGUUAUGAACGCUGACUACGGCAAGGACGAGGACAGCUCCGAAGCGCUGCUGAAAAAGCACGAAGCGCUUGUCAGUGACUUGGAAGCUUUCGCCAGCACGAUCGCUGCCCUCGGAGAACAGGCGGCUGCUUGUCGCCAGCAGGAAACACCGACGAUCGACAUUGCCGGGAAAGAAUGCGUCGUCGCCCUGUACGAUUACGCUGAAAAAUCACCGCGCGAAGUUUCCAUGAAAAAAGGCGAUACUCUGACGCUCUUGAACUCGAACAACAAGGAUUGGUGGAAGGUCGAGGUCAACGAUCGCCAAGGCUUCGUGCCAGCUGCUUAUGUAAAGCGUGUCGAACCCGAGGCCGGAUUGAGCGCUUCGCAACAGAAUUUGGCUCGAGAACAAAGCUCCAUCGCCGCGAGACAAGCUCAGAUUCAAGCUCAAUACGACGAUCUCAUUCAUUUGGCACGCGAACGCCAAAACAAACUGAACGAGACCGCGAAAGCUUACGUCCUGGUACGCGAAGCCGCUGAAUUGGCCACCUGGAUCAAGGACAAAGAGAAUCACGCUCAGGUUCAGGACGUCGGUGAAGAUCUCGAACAAGUCGAGGUAAUGCAAAAGAAAUUCGAUGACUUCCAGGCUGACCUCAAAGCCAACGAAGUUCGUCUUGCCGAAAUGAACGAAAUCGCUGUUCAACUUAUGAGCCUUGGACAAACCGAAGCUGCUCUUAAAAUUCAAACCCAAAUACAAGAUUUGAACGAGAAAUGGAGCAGUCUCCAAACACUCACCGCCGAGCGAGCCAGUCAGUUGGGAUCCGCUCACGAAGUCCAACGUUUCCAUCGCGACGUCGACGAGACCAAGGAUUGGAUACGCGAAAAAGAUGCUGCCCUUAACAACGACGACCUCGGCAAAGAUUUGCGCAGCGUCCAAGCCCUGCAAAGGAAACACGAAGGGCUCGAACGCGAUCUCGCCGCACUUGGCGAUAAAAUCAAACAACUUGACGAAACCGCUAAUCGCCUCAUGCAAUCUCAUCCCGAUACUGCCGAACAAACUUACGCCAAACAGAAAGAAAUCAACGAGGAAUGGACACAACUUACCGCCAAAGCCAACUCGAGGAAAGAGAAACUUUUGGAUUCCUAUGACCUCCAACGCUUCCUCAGCGAUUAUCGCGAUCUCAUGGCUUGGAUCAACUCAAUGAUGGGCCUUGUUGCCUCCGAAGAACUUGCUUCCGACGUCACCGGGGCCGAAGCUCUUCUCGAACGCCAUCAGAAUCACAGAGCAGAGAUAGAUGCGCGAUACGGAAUACGUCCAGAGGAGCAUCGCAUGGAAAUAGACGCGAGGGCAGGAACCUUUCAAGCUUUCGAACUCUUCGGCCAGCAAUUGUUGCAAUCCAGUCACUACGCGAGCGUAGAGAUACAGGAGAAAUUGGAGUCAAUGGCGGAGGCGCGUCAGGAGUUGGAGAAGGCCUGGAUCCAGCGGAGAAUGCAGUUGGAUCAGAAUUUGGAGCUGCAAUUAUUCUGUCGGGAUUGCGAGCAAGCUGAGAAUUGGAUGAGCGCGAGGGAGGCGUUCUUGAGCAGCGCGGACGCGGUCGAUAGCAGCGACAAUGUCGAAGCUUUGAUAAAGAAACACGAGGACUUUGACAAAGCGAUUAACGCGCACGAAGAAAAAAUCGCAGCUUUGCAAACUCUGGCGGAUCAGUUGAUAGCGGCGGAGCAUUACGCGGCAAAACCAAUCGACGACAGACGCUGUCAAGUUUUGGAUCGUUGGCGUCAUCUCAAAGACGCCCUCAUCGAGAAACGCUCUCGUUUGGGUGAAUCACAAACGCUUCAGCAGUUCUCACGCGACGCUGACGAGAUGGAAAAUUGGAUAGCCGAAAAAUUGCAACUCGCGACCGAGGAGAAUUACAAAGAUCCGGCGAACAUUCAAUCCAAACACCAGAAACAUCAAGCUUUCGAGGCCGAAUUAGCUGCGAAUGCCGAUAGAAUCCAAUCGGUUUUGGCCAUGGGUGGCAAUCUGAUAGAAAAACAUCAAUGCGCCGGCUCCGAGGACGCUGUGCAGAAACGUUUGGCCUCGAUCGCCGAUCAAUGGGAAUACUUGACCCAAAAAACAACGGAAAAAUCGAUGAAGCUGAAAGAAGCGAACAAACAACGGACUUACAUCGCAGCUGUGAAAGAUCUCGAUUUUUGGCUCGGCGAAGUCGAGAGUCUCCUUACAUCCGAAGACGCGGGUAAAGAUCUUGCUUCGGUGCAAAAUCUUAUGAAAAAGCACCAGCUCGUUGAGGCAGACAUACAAGCUCACGAGGAGAGGAUAAAGGACAUGAACGCGCAAGCUGAUUCGUUGAUCGGCAGCGGACAAUUCGACGCGGCUGGUAUACAGGAAAAGCGACAAAGCAUAAACGUGCGUUACGAGAGGAUUCGCAAUCUUGCGGCUCACCGACAAGCUCGUCUCAACGAGGCGAAUACCCUCCAUCAAUUCUUCCGCGAUAUCGCCGACGAAGAGUCCUGGAUUAAGGAGAAGAAAUUGCUCGUCGGCUCGGACGAUUACGGUCGAGAUUUGACGGGUGUACAAAAUCUGAAGAAAAAGCACAAGCGUCUCGAAGCUGAACUCGGGAGCCACGAGCCUGCGAUACAAGCUGUUCAAGAAGCCGGAGAAAAAUUGAUGGACGUUUCGAACUUGGGAGUGCCGGAAAUCGAGCAGCGAUUGAAACUUCUCAACCAAGCCUGGGCCGAGUUGAAACAAUUGGCUGCGAAUCGUGGCCAAAAGCUCGAUGAGUCAUUGACGUAUCAACAAUUCUUGGCCAAAGUCGAAGAAGAGGAGGCUUGGAUAACGGAAAAACAGCAGCUUCUGUCUGUUGAGGAUUACGGCGACACGAUGGCUGCGGUUCAAGGUUUGCUGAAGAAACACGACGCAUUCGAGACCGAUUUCGCAGCUCACGGCGAACGGUGCGUUGACAUCUGUGACGCUGGAGAAAAUCUCAUAAAAGCAGGAAAUCAUCGUGCCGACGCGAUAGGCCAACGUUGUACUCAGCUGCGCAACAAACUCGAGCAGCUCGGAGCUUUAGCCGCUCGAAGGAAAACUCGUCUCAACGACAACUCGGCUUAUCUUCAAUUCAUGUGGAAAGCCGACGUCGUCGAGUCUUGGAUCGCCGACAAAGAAACUCACGUCCGCUCCGAAGAGUUCGGACGCGAUUUGUCUACCGUCCAGACUCUUUUGACGAAACAGGAAACUUUCGACGCGGGUCUCCACGCUUUUGAGCACGAGGGAAUCCAAAAUAUUACCUCCCUCAAAGAAAUGCUCGUUGAUUCCGGCCACGAUCAAACGGCGAGCAUCCAAAAACGUCACGCCGACGUUAUCACCCGCUGGCAAAAAUUACUCGCUGAUUCAGACUCGAGGAAACAACGGUUGUUGCGCAUGCAAGAUCAGUUCCGUCAAAUCGAAGAAUUAUAUCUGACCUUCGCGAAAAAAGCUUCUGCCUUCAACUCCUGGUUCGAAAACGCCGAAGAAGAUCUUACCGACCCCGUACGUUGCAACAGCAUCGAAGAAAUUCGAGCCUUGCGCGAAGCCCACGCACAAUUCCAAGCCAGUUUGUCCUCCGCCGAAGCCGAUUUCCAAGCACUCGCCGCACUCGAUCGACAAAUCAAAAGCUUCAACGUUGGACCCAAUCCUUACACCUGGUUCACCAUGGAAGCUCUCGAAGACACGUGGCGCAAUUUACAAAAAAUCAUUAAAGAACGCGAUGUCGAACUUGCCAAGGAAGCUCAACGACAAGAAGAGAACGAUAAACUGAGAAAGGAAUUCGCCAAACACGCUAACGCUUUCCACCAAUGGCUCGCAGAAACGAGAACUUCGAUGAUGGAAGGUUCAGGCUCCCUGGAACAACAAUUGGAAGCGACGAAGCGUAAGACCCAAGAAGUUCGAGCGCGGCGUCAAGAUUUGAAAAAGAUCGAGGACCUCGGAGCCAUACUAGAGGAGCACUUGAUCCUGGACAACCGUUAUACCGAGCACAGUACCGUAGGCCUUGCGCAGCAAUGGGAUCAACUCGAUCAACUUGGUAUGCGAAUGCAGCAUAAUUUGGAACAACAGAUACAAGCGAGAAAUCAAUCCGGCGUUUCCGAGGAUGCUCUCAAGGAAUUCUCCAUGAUGUUCAAGCACUUCGACAAGGACAAGAGCGGACGGUUGAAUCACCAAGAAUUCAAAUCUUGCCUCCGAGCUCUUGGCUACGAUUUACCGAUGGUUGAGGAGGGACAACCUGAUCCAGAGUUCGAAAAUAUUCUCGAUAUCGUGGAUCGAAACCGCGACGGUUACGUUUCGUUACAAGAGUACAUGGCUUUCAUGAUAAGCAAAGAAACAGAAAACGUACAAAGCUCGGAGGAAAUCGAGAAUGCUUUCCGGGCAAUCACAGCUGCCGAUCGACCUUACGUAACGAAGGAGGAACUUUACGCGAACCUCACGAAGGAGAUGGCCGAUUAUUGUACCGCGCGAAUGAAACCGUACGUGGAUCCGAAAACCGAAAGACCGAUAACUGCCGCCUUGGAUUACAUAGACUUUACUCGUACUCUUUUCCAAAACUAACAGGUUACUUUUCGAGCAUAAACAAAUUAUAUAUUACUUUUAAUUAUUUAUAUCGUUCGUAGAAGAAAAAAAAAUGAUGAAAAACACGAACAAAAGUACUCGAAUCCAGAAAUUGCUAAAGAAACUUUUUGCUUAAGAAGCUCAGCUCCGCGAGAGCAAAAAAAACUCAGUAAUUCCAUCGAUAAGAAUCUCCUGCUAAUCAGCACGUUUCAUGUUCCGCAUGUUGUUGCCCUCCAAACCUUCUGUAUUACAAUUUUUAUGACUAUCGAGUACGAAAUGCACGAUAAUAUCGACAAAACAUAUUGAAAUGUCAGAAUUUUCAAAAUUUCGAACGAUUAUAGAGAGCUUCUAUGAAAUCGCUUACACGUUGCAUAUAUUUGUAGCUUGUUAUCUGAAUAUAAAUAUAUAUAGGAAUACAGGAAAAAAUGAAAA